ACUCGAUAGAGGCAAUCUCUGGCUUCGGAAACAGAUAAGAGCCCCUGGGGAAUCCAGAAAACCCACAGUCUCGGUUUGAUUUUACACCAAGAUGUGUCUGUUUGUUCUUCUCGCGCUUAUAGUGACUUUUUCCACAUCCAAUGCGUCUCCCAGUGAGUGAUGCUUUCUACAUCAGAGUUGAGUGUCGAUGAAAAUAACUUCCUCCAUCUUCAGGUAGUCGUAUAAUUGGCGGAUCCAAUGCUUAUUUCGGUGAAUUCCCGCACAUGGUAUCGAUCCAGUGGGCUCCUCAUGGAUUUAUGCACCAUCUCUGCGGCGGAUCGAUCCUGAACAAGCGUUGGGUUCUCACGGCAGCUCACUGCAACAUGAUAACACUGGAACACCAGAUCAUGCAAGUCAUUGUUGGCGCCUUGGAUUUCCGCACCACCACAAAAUACCAGCAGGAAUUCAGCAUAGAUCUCUUCAUUAACCACCCUCACUAUCCAGGCGGAGUCGGAGUGCCUCACAACAUCGCUGUGCUUCGCGUCGAUCGGGAGAUCCAGUUAAACUCCUACGUCUAUCCUGUUUCCCUUCCCAUCGUCAAUUCCUAUCCCUUUGGGGUAACUCAAUUCUCUGGCUGGGGAUGGACUGUGGACGAGCCACCAUUCGUCUUUCCCGACAUCCUGCAGCGAAUUCAGGUGCCCCUUAUAACCCUGUCGCAGUGCUACGGAGCCUUUGUCAACAUCGGCGCGGAUCCGAAUGAGCUGGACACUUUCACGCAUAUCUGCACUGGACCCCUGACCGGGGGAGUUUCCGCAUGUAACGGCGAUCUGGGCGGUCCUCUCGUGCAGAGAUCCGGUAGUUACUUUGUUCAAGUGGGCAUCGCUGUCCGAGCUUUCCGUCCCUGCGGUCAAGUAGGCGCCCCAACAGUGUACAUCAGGGUUUCCGCCUAUGUUGACUGGAUAAGAAGCACGAUUUUCUAA